AUGUUAAAAUCUGAAGUAAACGACAACAUACAAGACUAUCUACGAACCCUAAGCCCAACUCAAGGAACCGACUACUCGCUCUGGAAAGCAACUAAGCGACUGAAACAACCACAAAUCCCAGUUCUGCCACUGCGCCUACCCGACGGUAAAUGGGCGAGGAGUGCGCAAGCAAAAGCAGAAACAUUUGCCCAACAUCUGAAGCAAGUUUUCACUCCACAUCCUGGCGAAACACUGACAGACGAAAAUGAAGUCCACCGAUCACUUAAUGAAACCUAUCAGAUGGAACCCCCAUUGGAGAAGUUCAAAAUGAGUGAAGUUGUUAAAACUAUCAAGUAUGAUAUAAGUCCUAAAAAAGCGCCGGGGUAUGACUUAAUCACUGGGCAAAUACUGUUUGAAAAAUUAAUACUUUCAAGACUAAAACCAAUCAUCGAAAGGAAACAGUUAAUCCCCAAUCAUCAGUUCGGAUUUCGCCACGAACACGCCACAAUCGAGCAAGCUCAUCGAGUCUACAACAAGAUAUUUGCAAGCUUGGAGGAAAAGAAAUAUUGUUCGGCUGCUUUUCUGGACAUUACGCAAGCUUUCGAUAAAGUAUGGCAUACUGGCCUUCUGUAUAAAAUAAAGUCAAACUUGCCAUUAGGCUUUUAUACCCUGUUAAAAUCUUAUCUAUUAGAUAGGUACUUCUUUGUCCAAUACCAGGAUGUUUCAACCGAACUACACAAAAUACAAGCUGGGGUACCGCAAGGAAGCGUAUUGGGGCCGAUUCUAUAUCUUCUAUACACCGCAGACUUGCCUACAAAAACUGGAGUAACAACAGCAACGUUCGCAGACGACACCGCAGUAUUAGCUUCUCAUAAAAAUCCAAUAUUGGCCACCCAAAUGCUGCAAAGUAACCUUAACGACAUACAAAAAUGGCUAAAGACAUGGCGAAUAAAAGCCAAUGAAGCAAAGUCGGUCCAUGUCACUUUCACCACGCGAAGAGAGACUUGUCCUGAAGUAUCACUUAAUGGUCAACAAAUCCCGCAGUCAGGCCUAAAUACUUAG